UUUUGUUGUUUCUUGUCUGUCAGAUUAACACAUGUUUAGUCAAAAAUGGAUCACAAAAAUUAUUAAUUAUUCGUGUAGUUAAUACUAGUUAUGACUGAAAAAUAACGGAGAAGUAAUCUUAUGGGAAGAAAUUUUGAUUUAUUACCAAGAUGUCUGAAAUAUUCAAGAAAGUGUCUGAAGUGGACCCAAAUAACAGCGACGCAGUUAAAGAAGUGCUGACGUCAUUUUUCCAAAAUAUAGUUAAACAUACUGAAGUAAAUUGUUAUCAAUGGCUGCGAGCAUUAGAGGAUGUACUUAGCCGGUUUCCAAGAUAUUGUUCAACACAUAAGAGCACUAUAGAAACACAUCUCACACAUUUUCUAAGCAGCAAUAACAACUAUGAUGUCAUACAAGCAGCUAAAUGUGCUCAAACUUUACAACAGGUACCAUGGCCACAAGAAAAAAGUGCAACAGCCAAGUCAGCCUGGCGGGAUCAGAUGACUCUCCUAUGUGAUGCAGCACAUUCCCUUAUUGAUGCACUAUUUAUUGACUCUGUUGAAUUAUAUCAGAGGAGCAGUAAAAAGAAGGAUAUGCAGAAGAAUUCAAAUUCACCGCUUACAUUGGCAUUGUCCAAAAUAAAUUCUACUGCAAAUUCAGGUGCAACAAACAGACAAGUUUUGUUACAUACUCGACUUAGAAACGUAUUCAUUUUCAUACAAGCUAUGAUUGUUGAGAUUUAUCCAGUUCCAAAACCGAUACAGCCACAGACUAUAUUGAAUGUAAUAGUGCGUUCGUUGAGUGUUACCAGUGCCAAGAAAUCUCAAGUCACAGAUGUUGGUCCGCUUAAAAUCCAAGCACUAAGGACACUAGAUGCGCUGAUUGCUUGCCUCGGAGCAAACUUGAUACCAUAUUCACCGCUAGUAUUUAGAAUAGUGAUGCAAACAUUCAGAUGGACAUCGGACAACCAAACUGAAAGCUCAAGAGAAGUCCGCAGCCACACUUACCGCAGCGCGGGCGGCUGGCUCAGCGCCCUGGGGCUGCGGCCCGCGGGCCUCGCGCACGAACACGAGCUCGCGACUCUAGUCAUACAAGACAUCACGCCUCUACAGAAAACAGUACAACUCACUAUGAGUGGAGGACAACCUUUGAAAAAUCUAAGUAAAAAAGCUAGAAGAAAACUUCAAAAUCAAAUGUUAAAAGAUAGUUCAAUAUCUUCACACAUUCCAGGAGAAAAGAAUAAAGUUGUUGAAUUUGAAGAUGUCAAAAAUGACAUAGCUAUGGCAUCGUUGGGUUUUGCAGAAAUAUUCUUGUCCGUUUGUGGUGUUUUUAUGAAACCGACUACGCAUAAAUUAUUUCAAGAACAUUUAGUCCGUCAAUGUUUUAAUGCUAAUUUAUACUCUGAUGAGUAUGUUCUAGCAUUAUUACGUACGUUGGAAGUUUGUAGAAAAACUACUCCAUCGUCAGUGCCGCCCCCCACGCAGUACUGUCUGCAGCUAUAUAGUACUCUAUCAAAUAACCAAUGUAUAGAGAUAUCGAGAUUCUGUUCGCAAGCAUUACUGGAUAUAAGAAUGCAUUUACAUUGCUCUCCGCCUACAAUUAACUUUGCUCUAGAAGUGCCAAAAGAAACCCACAUACAAAAAUCAAUGGUUGUAUCCGAAAGAAACAGAGAGGCAUUGAAGAAACUUUUAGGAGACAGAUUGUCUGAUGAAGAAAAUAUUGAAGUAAUUACAAUCCGCGAUGAACCAACAAAGAAGAGACCACGAUUGGAUCAAGAUAAUAUAAGUUUGAGCAGUGAAUCUAUCUGUUCUGUUGAAAUAACUGAUUCUUCUAAAGAUGGGACAGAAGAAUUAGAAAUUGAAAGAAAUGAAGAGGAAAUUACUGAAGAUGCAACUACUAAUGAUGAAGAUAUGGACGUACAAAAUACUACAGAAGUAACUGCGAAUGAAAUUGAAUCUCAAGUAAUUGAUUCUGAAAAACUAUCAGAAAAUGUUGACGAGACAGUAAAUGAAAACAACAGUAUAUAUGAAGCUAAAACUCAGAUAGAUACAAAUGUAUCGAAUGACGAAGAUGACAACCAAACAUUGUCUAUGGAAGUAGCUUACGAUUUACCAACUGCGGUCGAUAAAGUGAGAGUUUUAGAUCAAGUAGAUGAUGAUAAUCUACCAAGCACUAAUGAUACAGACGAUGUACAAAUAACUUGUGGUCAAGUUGCCCUAACUUCACAAGAUAACGAAAUAAAUAUAACAAAGGAAGUUGAUGAAAUAGCGUUAGUUGUUGACAAAGAAGAGACAAUUAUAACGAACGAGUCAAACGAUAAUGUUGAAAAAAUUAAAGAUACAAUAACAUCUAAUUGCGAAGUAACUAACGAGGCAGAAAUUAAUCCAGAAGUAACUAAAGACGUUACUGUUACUACAGAUGAAACACUAACUAAUGGAGCUGAAAAACCUAAUGGUAACAUUAAUGAAAUGUUAACUCAAAUACCUGAUAAUUUGACAGAUAAAUUAUCUAAACCAGACGGUAUUUCAGUAGAGGACAUGAUGGCUGAUUUUGUAGAUGAAGUUAAUGAUCAAACUGCGGAAGCUUAAUUAAAAACUUUUUUUUUAGUAUUUCGUAAGCGUAAUUUGUAUCUUAUGUCAAUAGAGAUAUUUGCCCUUAUUUAUAUAAAUGAAGCUUUUGUGCUGUAUGUCGCUUAUUGUUCAUUCCUAAUACAGUGUGUUUGUUCUUUAAA